GCGCCAUGCAGACAUGUUUCAUCAUACGUUGGUCGUGCGUGGGGUUUUCCUUGCGUUAACAGAGAUAGUGAUCCCCCCCGCCCCACGUCCCCCCACACACUGCUGUAGUGGGUCGUCACGGUGAGGCGUUAUCAAUGUACGCGGUCCGGCGUGGGGGCGGGGAGCUGCAUCGGUCCAGUCCGCUCCGCUGAGGAGGGGCCCCAGCGUGGAGGUGGCACUGUGCGCAUACCAGGAGGACCCCCCCCCCCCGCUACACGCCCCUCGCUUCAUUCAGCAGCGAGGAGCAGCCGCGCGCAGAGGGGGGAGAGCUCGCACUGACCGCUGGGUGAACAGGAACCGGACCCGGACCGCAGCUUCCACCGACUAACGACACACCAGGUGCCCACGUUGCUCUGGUAAACCCCCAGAAGAUGUCUCAUCGCAGUGGGCAAGAGGACCCGGAGCGGUACCUGUUCGUGGACCGGGCCGUGGUCUACAACCCGGCCACGCAGGCCGACUGGACGGCCAAGAAGCUGGUGUGGAUCCCCUCGGAGCGCAGCGGCUUCGAGGCGGCCAGCAUCCGGGAGGAGCGCGGCGAGGAGGUGCUGGUGGAGCUGGCCGAGAAUGGCAAGAAGGCGACGAUCAGCAAGGACGACAUCCAGAAGAUGAACCCGCCCAAGUUCAGCAAGGUGGAGGACAUGGCCGAGCUCACCUGUCUGAACGAGGCGUCCGUGCUGCACAACCUGAAGGACCGCUACUACUCUGGGCUCAUAUACACGUACUCUGGCCUAUUCUGUGUGGUCAUCAACCCCUACAAGAACCUGCCCAUCUAUUCAGAGAACAUCAUAGAGAUGUACAGAGGCAAGAAGAGGCACGAGAUGCCUCCGCACAUCUACGCCAUCUCAGAGUCUGCGUACCGCUGCAUGCUCCAAGAUCGUGAGGACCAAUCGAUCCUUUGCACAGGGGAGUCCGGAGCAGGCAAGACGGAGAACACGAAGAAGGUCAUCCAGUACCUGGCCCACGUCGCCUCCUCACACAAAGGACGCAAAGACCACAACAUUCCUCAGCCCGAGUCUCCCAAAGCAUUCAAGCUCCAGGGUGAGUUGGAACGCCAGCUCCUGCAAGCCAACCCCAUCCUCGAAUCUUUUGGCAAUGCCAAGACGGUGAAGAAUGACAACUCGUCCCGCUUUGGGAAGUUCAUCAGAGUCAACUUUGACGUCACAGGCUACAUCGUCGGGGCCAACAUUGAAACUUACCUUCUGGAGAAGUCGAGAGCCAUCAGACAGGCCAAAGAUGAGAGGACCUUCCACAUCUUCUACCGCCUGCUGGCAGGGGCCGGGGAGCACCUCCGAACGGACCUGCUCCUUGAAGGCUUUAACAACUAUCGUUUCUUGUCAAAUGGUAACAUCACUAUCCCCGGGCAGCAGGACAAGGAUAAUUUCCAGGAGACUCUGGAUGCCAUGCACAUCAUGAGCUUCUCCCAUGACGAGAUUGUCUGCAUGUUGAAGGUCGUCUCUGCAGUGCUGCAGUUUGGCAACAUCGUCUUUAAGAAAGAGAGAAACACGGAUCAGGCCUCCAUGCCUGAGAACACAGUGGCGCAGAAGCUCUGUCACCUGCUUGGAAUGAACGUUAUGGAGUUCACCAGAGCGAUCCUCACCCCGAGGAUCAAAGUGGGACGCGACUACGUACAGAAGGCCCAGACCAAAGAACAGGCGGACUUUGCUGUUGAAGCCCUGGCCAAGGCCACGUAUGAGCGUCUGUUCCGCUGGCUGGUCCACCGCAUCAACAAGGCCCUGGACCGGACCAAGCGCCAGGGGGCCUCUUUCAUCGGCAUCCUGGACAUCGCCGGCUUUGAAAUCUUCGAGCUGAACUCGUUUGAGCAGCUGUGCAUCAACUACACCAACGAGAAGCUGCAGCAGCUCUUCAACCACACCAUGUUCAUCCUGGAGCAGGAGGAGUACCAGAGGGAGGGCAUCGAGUGGAGCUUCAUCGACUUCGGCCUGGACCUUCAGCCCUGCAUCGACCUCAUCGAGAGGCCGACUAACCCCCCUGGUAUCCUUGCCCUGCUGGACGAGGAGUGCUGGUUUCCCAAGGCAACCGACAGGACCUUCAUAGACAAGGUGCUGCAGGAGCAGGGCACACACACCAAGUUCCAGAAGCCGCGGCAGCUCAAGGACAAAGCGGACUUCUGCAUCAUCCACUACGCAGGAAAGGUGGACUAUAAGGCCGAUGAGUGGCUCAUGAAGAACAUGGAUCCUCUGAAUGAUAACGUGGCCACGCUGCUGCACCAGUCAACCGACAAGUUUGUGGCUGAGCUCUGGAAAGACGACAUUCAGACGUUUCAGAGAGCCUCUUUCUAUGACAAUGUGUCUGGGCUCCAUGAAGCACCAGUCGACAGAAUCGUGGGUCUGGACCAGGUGGCGGGCAUGAAUGAGACGGCGUUUGGCGCCGCCUACAAGACCAAGAAGGGCAUGUUCCGCACCGUGGGACAGCUGUACAAGGAGCAGUUAUCCAAGCUGAUGGCCACACUGAGGAACACCAACCCCAACUUUGUCCGCUGCAUCAUCCCCAACCACGAGAAAAGAGCUGGUAAGCUGGACCCACACCUGGUUCUGGACCAGCUCAGGUGUAAUGGGGUACUGGAGGGGAUUCGCAUCUGCAGACAGGGCUUCCCCAACCGCAUCGUCUUCCAGGAGUUCAGGCAGAGGUAUGAGAUCCUCACCCCCAACGCCAUUCCCAAGGGCUUCAUGGACGGCAAGCAGGCCUGUGAGAGGAUGAUCAAAGCCCUGGAGCUGGAUGGAAACCUCUUCCGUAUUGGCCAGAGUAAGAUUUUCUUCAGGGCCGGAGUCCUGGCCCAUUUGGAGGAGGAGAGGGACCUGAAGAUCACCGACAUCAUUAUUUACUUCCAGGCCGUCUGCAGGGGGUAUCUGGCACGCAAGGCUUUUGCAAAGAAGCAGCAGCAGCUCAGCGCUCUAAAGGUUCUCCAGAGGAACUGCGCUGCCUACUUGAAGCUUCGUCACUGGCAGUGGUGGAGACUCUUCACCAAGGUGAAGCCUCUGCUGCAGGUGACCAGGCAGGAGGAGGAGAUGCAGGCUAAAGACGAGGAGCUGGUCAAGGUGAAGGAAAAGCAAACCAAGGUGGAGGGAGAGCUGGUGGAGAUGGAGAGGAAGCACCAGCAGCUGGUUGAGGAGAAGAACAUUCUAGCAGAGCAGCUGCAGGCAGAGACUGAGCUGUUUGCAGAAGCUGAGGAGAUGAGAGCCCGCCUGGCUUCCAAAAAGCAAGAGCUGGAAGAGAUCCUUCACGACCUGGAGUCCCGUCUGGAGGAAGAAGAGGAGAGGAAUCAGGGCGUGCAGAACGAGAAGAAGAAGAUGCAGUCCCAUAUUCAGGACCUGGAAGAACAGCUGGAUGAGGAGGAGGCUGCCAGGCAGAAGCUGCAGCUGGAGAAGGUGACAACAGAGGCCAAAAUGAAGAAAUUUGAAGAGGACAUUUUGCUCCUGGAAGACCAGAAUUCCAAAUUCCUCAAGGAAAAGAAGCUGUUGGACGACCGAAUUAACGAGAUGACUUUGGCACUGUCCGAAGAGGAAGAAAAGGCCAAGAACCUCGGCAAGGUCAAGAACAAGCAGGAGAUGAUGAUGGUCGACCUCGAGGAGAGACUGAAGAAGGAGGAGAAGACUCGUCAGGAGCUGGAGAAGGCCAAGAGGAAGCUGGAAGGGGAAACCUCCGACUUCCAGGACCAGAUAGUGGAGCUGCAGGCCCAGGCUGAGGAGUUCAAAGUUCUGUUGGGGAAGAAAGAUGAUGAGCAGCAGAUGAUGGUGGCCAGGGGGGAAGACGAGGUCGGCCAGAAGAACAACGCUCUGAAGCAGGUGAGGGAACUGCAGGCUCAGCUGUCAGAGCUGCAGGAGGACCUCGAGUCAGAGAAAGCGUCCAGGAGUAAAGCUGAGAAACUCAAGAGGGACUUGAGCGAAGAGCUCGAGGCCCUGAAGACUGAACUCGAGGACACUCUUGACACAACCGCUGCCCAGCAGGAGUUAAGGACGAAGCGCGAACAGGAGGUUACGGAGCUGAAGAAGGCAAUCGAGGAGGAGACUAAAAACCAUGAAGCUCAGAUCCAGGAGAUGCGACAGAGGCAUUCCACCGCCUUGGAGGAGCUGUCUGAAAAUCUGGAGCAGGCCAAGAGGUUCAAGGCCAACUUGGAGAAAACUAAGCUGAGCCAGGAGAGCGCCAACAAGGAGCUGGCCAGCGAGGUCAAGGGCCUGCAGCAGGCCAAGGCCGAGUCCGAACACAAGAGGAAGAAACUGGAGGCACAGCUGCAGGAGUUCAUGGCCAGAGUGACGGAGGGCGAGCGGGCCAAGGGGGAGCUGGCCGAGCGCGCACACAAGCUGCAGACUGAGCUGGACAAUGUGUCUGCCAUCCUGGAAGAUUCAGAGAGGAAGGGCAUCAAGAUGGCCAAGGACGUUGCUGGACUAGACAGUCAGCUGCAAGACACACAGGAGCUGCUCCAGGAGGAGACGCGUCAGAAACUAAACCUCAGCAGUCGCAUACGCCAGCUGGAGGAGGAGAAGAACGCCCUCCAGGAGCAGCAGGAGGAGGAUGAGGAGGGACGCAAGAAUCUAGAGAAGCAGAUGUUGACGGUACAGGCUCAGCUGUUAGAGAGCAAGAAGAAGCUGGAGGAUGAUGUUGGAACAAUAGAAGCCCUGGAAGAGACAAAGAAGAAACUCCAGAAGGACUUUGAGCUGGCCAGCCAGCGACUGGAAGAGAAGACCGUUGGCUUUGAAAAGAUGGAGAAGACAAAGACCCGUCUGCAGCAGGAGCUGGACGAUCUAACUGUAGACCUGGAUCACCAGAGACAGAUCGUCUCCGGCCUGGAGAAGAAACAGAAGAAGUUUGACCAGAUGCUGGCUGAGGAGAAGAGCAUCUCGGCUCGUUACGCCGAAGAGCGUGACCGUGCUGAAGCUGAGGCCAGGGAGAAGGAGACCAAAGCUCUCUCCAUGACCCGAGCUCUGGACGAGGCCCUGGAGGCCAAAGAGGAGCUGGAGAGGGUUAACAAGCAGCUUCGUGCUGAAAUGGAAGACCUGAUGAGCUCCAAGGACGACGUGGGAAAGAAUGUCCAUGAGCUCGAGAAGUCCAAGCGUACUCUGGAGCAGCAGCUGGAGGAGAUGAAGACCCAGCUGGAGGAGCUGGAGGACGAGCUGCAGGGCACAGAGGACGCCAAGCUGCGUCUGGAGGUCAACAUGCAGGCCAUGAAGGCCCAGUAUGAGAGAGACCUCCAGGGCCGGGACGACCAGAACGAAGAGAAGAAGAGAGCGCUGGUCAAGCAGGUGCGAGAGAUGGAGGUUGAGUUGGAGGAUGAGAGGAAGCAGAGGGGUUUGGCUGUAGCUGCUAAAAAGAAGCUGGAGAUGGAUUUGAAGGACAUAGAGGGUCACAUAGAAGGAGCCAACAAGGCUCGGGAUGAAGCCAUCAAACAGUUGCGCAAGUUACAGGCCCAAAUGAAGGACUACCAGCGAGAGUUGGAAGACGCCCGUGCAUCUAGAGAUGAUAUCUUUGCCAUAGCCAAGGAAAACGAGAAGAAACUCAAGAGUCUGGAGGCGGAGAUUGUACAGCUUCACGAGGACCUGGCAGCAUCUGAGCGGGGUCGGCGCCACGCCGAGCAGGAACGGGACGAGCUGCAAGAUGAAAUCUCAAACAGCACAUCUGGAAAGUCGGCUCUGAUGGACGAGAAGAGGAGGCUGGAGGCUCGCAUCGCUCAGCUGGAGGAAGAGCUGGAGGAGGAACAGGGAAACAUGGAGCUCCUCAACGACCGCUUCAGAAAGACCACUAUGCAGGUGGACACCCUGACGACUGAGUUGAGCGCCGAGCGCAGCAUCGGCCAAAAGAGUGAAAACGCUCGGCAGCAACUGGAGCGUCAGAACAAGGAGCUCCGGGCCAAGCUGGGCGAGCUGGAGGGUUCUGUGAAGAACAGGUUCAAGGCCUCCAUCGCUGCCCUGGAGGCAAAGAUAGCACAGCUGGAGGAGCAGCUGGAGCAGGAAGCCAAGGAGCGAGCAGCAGCCAACAAAACUGUGAGGAGGACUGAGAAGAAGCUGAAAGAAAUCUGCAUGCAAGUGGAGGAUGAGCGUCGCCAUGCCGACCAGUUUAAAGAACAAGUGGAGAAGGCUAGCUCUCGCAUGAAGCAGCUCAAGCGUCAGCUGGAGGAAGCCGAGGAGGAGGCCACGAGGGCCAACGCCUCACGCAGGAAACUGCAGCGAGAGCUGGACGACGCCACCGAGGCCAGCGAGGGUCUGAGCCGCGAGGUUCACACACUGAAGAACCGCCUCAGACGCGGCGGGCCCAUCAGCUUCUCCUCCAGUCGCCCAGGCAGACGCCCGCUUCAGGUCGAGGGGACUUCCUUGGACCUCCUGUCUGACGAGGAGGUGGAAAACAAAACCACCGACACAAAUGCCAAUGAGACUCCGGCGCCUCAGCCAGAGUAGCAAGAAAAAGCCUCAACUUCUGCCUCCAAGUCCCAACAGCAAUGCUUAGAUGGCCCCGAUGAUGCAGACGUGAGCCAAACUGUAUUCCUUCCUCCUGAACCUCAGCACGUACCAGCAGUUGGACCCCCCCAACGCACUCUUUGCCAGGCCACUUAAAGUUGGGAGAAGCACUGCUCUGCCUUACACCUCCCUUCUCAAGGUGCAGGGCUGUACAAUAGAAAAGCAACUUCAUCAUGCUUUGAGUAUUAACUGCAUCCCCAAUAUCAGGGCUUUCCUUUAGAAAUGCACAUCUCCCCACUCCUACAGAGAUAAAAAUAAUGAUUGUAAUUCUAAAUACUAAAACAAUACAGAAACUGAUUAUUGUUGCAUUAAUCUUACCGUGUGCCGUCAUAUCAGUCUGCUGAGUUAUGUUAGUUAAGCUGUAACUGCAGUAUUUUCUCCAGUCCUGUUUGCUUGCAUAUGAGUAUAGAAGUGUAAGCCUCAGCACCACUAUGUUGCCCCUCUGAAGAUGUAUGACAGUAGGUCUGUAAUGACUUGUAAUUAUUUGCUGCGAGAGCUGAAAGCAGCGAUCACACUCCUUUUCUUUUACUUACUUCUGUGCCUUUUGUUUUUUUUCUCUCCUCAUUUUAAAUAUUUUGUUCAUUUUUUGGACCCUGCCUGACUUCAAUAUUCAACAAGUUGCAUUUGUAAUGAGCGAUUAGUGGUAAAUGGUUUUGCUGUCUUUUUAUGACCUGCUACAGUUUCUAUGUUACCACAGUGAUUGACAUGUCAAACUGCACGGGGUAUUUGUAGAUGGGUGCUAUGACUUCUCAUAACUUUUAUACUUUGAGUUCAGAUUGAUAGACAAACUGUAUUUAUAUCUCUGUAUACAGUAUACCUUCAAUUAGUUUUAAAGAUGCUCAUAAUGCACAUUGAUCAGCUGUAUCUACGCUAAUUAUCAUGACAUGUACAGUUUGAGUUAUUAGGAGCCAUAUGAUUUAUUAAAGUCUAUGGAGCCCAAUUCUCUGUGACUUGUGGAAUUGGUCCUUGAUGAUUACGUAGAAUGAGUUAUCAGGCAUCACAUUGGUCAUCCAUGUCAAACUGGCAGAACAAUAAUGCCAACUAACAUAAUUGCCAUCACACACAUUUUGGAUGUUUGGGAACUAAAUGAAAGGUUUCCCGGGAAAUUUGCAUAUUGCUUUUUUUUGCUCAAGAUAAAUCAUUAUUAUAGAAUAGUUUAGUGACAGUAGGGUAGGGAGGUUUGACCAUUUGUGCCUGUUUCAGAAACAAAAAAAAUUAAAUCCACAAUAUCGAAGUAAAUUUACAGAAAAAUGCUAGUGCUGCAAUUUGUUACUUUCUACUUCACUAUAUUCCAUAGUUUUUACACAUUUAUUAUUAACCAUUUGUAGUUACAUAAGUUUAAUUUAAGAAAGACAAACUUAUGAAAUAGAAUUCCUUGUGGAUUCCAACCUCUUUGGCUGGAGACAUGUUAAAGAAAGAAGUGUCCACAUGGGGACGUUGUUACUGCUUUCCAUCCAUCGUCAAAGAGCCGACUAAUGGAGACAUGACGCUGCGUGGCUGUUUGUUGUUUGUCUUUAGACGGAUCUGACAGAAAACACUCAGAAUUGAACCCUAGCCAAUCUUGCAGUGAGGCACGUCACAGACAUCUAGGUUCAUUUAAAUAACCAAGGAGACGCAAGAUAACCCAAUAUGCAACAGUCUAGAGACACGCUACAAGAAAUUAAACUAAUUUUGUAGCAGAAAGGUUGUUUUUUUUCUUCUCUCUGUCAUGACCAAACACUAAAUGUAAUACAAUGAUUUCAUUAAUGACUAUGACUUUUUAUAAAUAUUCCAAAGUGCUAUACUAUAACCUUUUUGAUAUGCCAUACAAUGACUUAUUCGCUCGCCCCUCCCUCUCCUCUUCGGCCACUGAAACACUCAUCACCGCUGGACUGGACUAAUGCAGCAGCAUCCUCUGGCAAAUCUAACCAACUACAAUACAUCCAGAACUCUGCUGCCUGUGCGCUCUGUAGAGAUCAGUCCAUCAAAGACUACAGCUCCUCAUCAUCACAAGUCCUUCCCCCCGCAACCUCAGAUCUGCCAACGCCUGCCUCCUUUAACCAUGUAAAGUGCCAUACAAAUAAAAUGUGUUAUUAUUCAUUUUG